AUGCCCUCUUUCGUGACGGACGAAAGCUCGGCAAUCGACUCGCAGUCCUCGGGCGUCGUGCACCUCGACCGGGCUGCCGAGUACGGCUUCUCCCAGGCGAAGGUUGCUGGAUCCAUUGUUCGACAGCCGCACUCGCACGCCUCGAUUGAUAGUUUCGACGAGAGUUCGUCCAAUUCAACAAAGUCGUCCGACACCUCCAACUCUACCGCGGAAACCGAGCAGCGGCUGGCUGACGAAGUUCCGCACGCACCAAGCAUGAAUUCAUCCGCAAACGGGUGCCCUGACGGAGGAAUCGAAAAUGCGGGCAGCGCCGAUUCCGUUAUCCACACGCAAGUUCCGCUCGGCAAUUCGACGAUACGAGGCCGGACACUAUCGGGCUUAGCGACCAGGACGAAAUCGGACGGUUCGCCGGCUCGAAGCCCCAAUGAUGGUUGCUCAGUUCCUAACGGGGUGGAAGACGCGGUGUUGCAACCCUCCGGGAUUGAGAUCCAUUUGCAUCCCGUGAACAAGAGCGAGAUUCGCACCGUAGAGAAUGGCACUGCCAGUCCGGCGCUCCCUACUUCUCGCGCUCCCGCUCCGGUUACCGAAGGUCUGAGCGCAGAAUCAGGCCAAAGGAGUCAAAAGGGGCCCCAUCGGUUCUCGUCCCCCCCGGUUUACGAGACUAAUAUGGGUUCGUCCACAUCUUUACAGUCGCCACCAGUUCCCGGCAUCAAACACCGCCACACAUUAGAGGUUCCCAAGAUUACACCGGCCCGCGGGUCGCGGGAUGGAAUUGAUGCUGCCUACUCGAGCGGCAGGUUCUCGCCCACAGUCGCUGGGGGACGCAGAGCGUCACUGAGCUUAGCUAGGAGGAACACAAGGUCGCUGCACUCAGAUGUGCCGCGGGAUGAGAUUAUACCGGACGAGGAUGCCAUGCGGUGGGCAGAAGCGUACAGGCAAAAGCGGGCAAGCAAGAGGAGGAGGCGGGAAAUUGAAGACGACGACAGGGUACUGGUCGGGACCAAAGUUGACGAGAAUCACGCGAACUGGGUCACGGCUUAUAACAUGCUAACUGGCAUCCGUGUGUCCGUGUCGCGGACCAACGCAAAGCUCGACCGUCCCCUGACCGAUGCCGAUUUCGAGGUCAAGCAGAAAUCGACCUUCGACAUCGCCGGAAACGAGUUGGUGCCGUCAGCCAAGUACGACUUCAAGUUUAAGGACUACGCUCCCUGGGUGUUUCGCCAUCUGCGCGCUCUGUUUCGUCUGGAUCCCGCCGACUACCUCAUGUCGCUGACCGGAAAAUACAUCUUGUCGGAGCUGGGGUCUCCGGGGAAAAGCGGGAGCUUCUUUUACUUUUCACGGGACUACAAGUACAUCAUCAAGACUAUUCAUCAUGCCGAGCAUAAGUUCCUCCGCAAGAUCUUGAAGGACUACUAUCAGCACGUUAGCGACAACCCGAACACUCUUCUGUCGCAGUUUUACGGCCUGCACCGGGUCAAGAUGCCGUAUGGCAAGAAGAUCCAUUUCGUCGUCAUGAACAACCUGUUCCCUCCCCACAAGGAUAUUCACCAAACCUUUGACUUGAAGGGCUCUACUAUCGGUAGGGAGUACAAGGAGGACGACAUGGAGAAUAACCCAAAAGCCACCCUGAAGGAUCUGAACUGGUUGCGACGCAAGAGACACAUCGAACUCGGCAUCCAGAAAAAGCAACUCUUCCUUGAACAGCUACACAAGGACGUGCGCCUGCUGCAGAGGUUGGGUAUUAUGGAUUACUCUUUGUUGAUAGGUAUUCAUGACCUUCAGCGAGGCAACGAAGAGAACCUGCGGGACAAGACGCUGCGCGUCUUUAGUCCUGGAGGUGACCAAGCGCCAGAGGACUUUGACCCGAACUCGGUCCUCAUGCGGACCCCGUCCAAACUGGAAAACCAGCGCAAGGCUCGGGAACUCCGGCAGAUGAUUCAAUCCGAGAAACCCGUCCCAAUGGCCGAGACGAGUAACAGGAUGCCAGAUGAACUCGAGGAAGGGCAGAACCGGCCCGGGUUUGUUUUCAAUCAAGACGAUGGCGGCUUCCGCGCAACGCAUGAGGACAAUACACCGGGCGACGAAAUCUACUAUUUGGGGGUGAUUGAUUGCCUCACUCACUACGGUAUCAUCAAGAAGAUAGAGCACUUCUGGAAAGGCCUUUCGAGCGAUCGCAAUCAGAUCUCAGCGCUGCCGCCAUACGAGUAUGGUGAACGGUUUAUCAAUUUCAUUUCAGGUGUCACCAUGUCACAGGAGGAGGCAAUUCGAGAAGCUCAGGCACGAGAUGCUGCGGCAGCGGCUGAGGCCGCGGCUUCUGAUGCGCAGCACCGGGCUGGGAGCUUGGGGGAUAACACCUCGAUCCCGCCGGCUCCCAACUAUCAGCCUCCGCUGCCACCCACGCCAGUACCGUCCGGACAGAGGUCAGCCGCGUACGAACCCGCCGGGCAAAAGUCUGAGCAGACAAGUGCGCCCAAUCCCGGCAAGCCCGAGCGCAGGGAGACAACCGUCCUGCCGGUCGUGGAGGAGGCUGCUGAAGGCACAUCCACGGGCGAUCGCACUCGCAACAGCCAUAUUAGCACCGCUGGGACCAUUGAAAGCGAGGGUCGACCAUUGACCCCUGCUAAAGAUGGCUACGAGAUGGAGCCGGGGUUCAGCAACCCGCUUCUUGGGAUACGCAGCAGCUCCAGCAACGGCAGUCAUGGGCGACCCCCGCCGACGCCGCCAAAAGCCGGGCAUGGAUACAACGGGCAGGCGAAACCGGAAAGCGCUGAUAGCGGGUACGGAGUCGGUGGCAGCAACGGAAGCAACGGUGUCCUUAGGAGUCUCACGGGAUCACAAAAAUCCCUGAACGUUCGAGCCCAACUCAGCCGCGACAGCCUGGAUAAAGCGCUGCCGCCGCUUCCAAAGGUGAACUCUCCGACUGCCCAGGGUCUGUCCUAG